AUGGGCAAUAAAAGAAAAGCAAAAAAGCGUCAAAAUCAAGAUGUUGAUGUGAUUGAAGUCGCCUUGCAGAAAAAACGAUUAUUAGAGGAUGAUGUUGAGGAGAUUCAAGCGAGCACUGCAAAUUUGAUGAGUAAGUACUUAAGUAUGACAUUUGAGCAGGAAAAAAACUUUAAUUUUUCAGAAGAUGAGAAAAUUGAUGAGGAGAAAUUGGAGAUUUUGCCGACUCGUGAAAUUUUAGGAAAUCAAUUAGUAGUUGCUGUUAAAAAUAGGAAUUUUGCGAUAGUCGAAGGACCUUUGGGUUGUGGAAAAACGUAUCUUGCACAAUAUGCUGCUCGAAAAUUAUCACUUGCAAUAAAUAUUAUGCAAAUGGGUGAUCAAAUUGAUUCCAAAACUCUUUUUGGAAAUUAUCAUUGUACUGAAGUUGCUGGCCAAUUUGUUUGGAAAGAAUCGACAUUCUCGAAAUGGUUGAAAUCUUCCUGUGUUAUUGUUUUGGAAGAUAUCGACGCGGCGAAUUCCGAUGUGAUUUCGAAAAUUGUCGAAAUUGCUGAAAAUCGAAAACUCGGUGAAUUUGGUGAAGAAUUCCAUGAAGAUGUUAGAAUUAUUGGAACAAUGAGUGGAAAAGGCAAAAAGGCGGCAGUUUUGGAUGGUGUUCCAGUUCGAAUUAAAUUGGAUAAAUUGAGCGAUGAUGAAUUGAAAAGAUUGGCUUCGAAAUCUUUUCCACGAAUUUCACAUUUGACAAGAACUUUGAUUUCGGUUUUUAGAAAAUUGGAAAGUGUUCCAGGAACAAGUAAUUCAAGACAUUUGACCUCAACGUAAGUUUUUUAUCUGAAAUUUCUAGAAAAAAAGAUUUUUCCAGCGAUUUUCUUCGCGGUUGCAAUCGUCUUUCAAAACUCUCGGAUAUUUCUGCAAAUCUUGAAUCUUUUGCUGAAUUAGUUGAUGUUUGGUGUUUGGCAGAUCCAAAAGAUCGAGCUAUCGAAUUAUGCAAUCGAGUUUCUUCUCAAUUAAAUGUCACACCAGAUCGAGUUCAUACACAUUUAUCAAUUCGACAACCCGAUGUUAAAUAUGAUGAUAAACAUGUUAUGAUUGGAAGAGCGAAUUUGGCACGAAAGAUUUCGAUGAUUAAAACGGGAAGACAUCGAUUGGGACAUACAAGGUAGGGAUUUGAGGCGGCGAGAUUUUUGGGAAGGUAGUUUUUAAACACUCGAGACUUUUUAAAAUGAAUUGUUUCACCGCGUCAAAAUCUUCUAGAAAACCAAAUUCCCAAGUGAAAUUUGAAUUCGAAUAGUUUUUUCACCUUUAUUUUUUGCAGAGAUGUUGUUCAAUUGAUGGAACGUAUUGUUGUCUGCGUCUCUCACAAUGAACCACUAUUACUUGUCGGUGAAACUGGAGUCGGAAAAACUUCAGUUGUUCAAGCUGUUGCUGAUCUUAUUGGUGUCACCUUGGAUGUUGUUAAUGUUAGUCCAACUUCGGAUUCAGAUGAACUUAUUCAAGGAUAUAAACCAACUACAAUUGGAAGAUUGAUGGAACCAUUCACCAAAUUCUAUAUGGAUGUUUUUCUUGAAAACUUUGACAAGACAAAAAAUCAGAAAUUCAUUGAUAAUUUGGAAAAAUGUUUGGCGAGUGGAAGAUUUUCGGAUUAUUUGAGUUUGGUUGAAACGACAGCCAGAAAAUCAUUGGAAAAUAAAUCGAAAACAGGUGGAAAAAUCGAUGAAAGAUGGGCUGAAUUAUUGGUUCGAAGUCGACAAAUUCGAGAAGGAUUGGAAAAAGGAGCGGCACCUUUUCAACUUCAAAAAGGAGCUGUUUUGGAAGCGGCUGAAAAAGGGCAUUGGUUACUUGUUGAUGAGAUUAAUUUGGCACCGCCUGAAUGUUUGGAUGCUAUUAUACAUGCAUGGACAGCACAAGGAACACAUAAAGAUUUUCGACUUUUUGCUUGUAUGAAUCCAGCAACAGAUGCGGGAAAAAGAAGAUUACCAGCUGGGGUUAGAACAAAGUAAGUUUGGUUGGGGGGUUGAUUUUUGAAGAGAAGGGAAGUUUAUAAAGUGUGAACUUUUGAUAAAAUAUAGUUGAAUUCAUACGAACAGACAUGCUAAUCAAGAUCCCUAAAUAUAAAAGUUGUCAGAAAACCAUGUGAGCAUUUGGAACUCCAGAAAUGUGCUCAUAUUUCGGGACCUUGUUGACUUCUCAUGUAAACGAAAAAUCCAUCUUUUUUCCAGAUUCACUGAAUUCUUUGUUUCUGAAACCACUGAUCCUCAUCAAUUAUCAUUAAUUAUCUCUGCUUAUCUUCCAACAAUUCAACAAUCUCUUGUCGAAAAUCUCGUGAAUUUCUAUCAAAAUUCCAAACAAUUAUAUCCAUCGAGUUAUUCUCUUCGAACACUUUGUCGUGCUCUUUUAUUCACAGCUGAUGCAAUGUUUGCAAGUGUGGAACAAUCAAUUUAUGAAGCUGUAUCAAUGGCAUUUUUGACGAAUUUGGAAACUGAAGAGAAAUCAGUGAUGCGAGCGAAAAUUGACAAGACUUUUAAAUAUACAGCUGCGCCGAUGCCAAUGCCGAAAAAUCCGGAAAAUUAUGUGAAAAUUGGAGGAUAUUUCAUUGAAAAAGGCGAUUUGUUACCAGAAGUUGAUCCGAAAUAUGUGCAAACGAAAACUGUGAAACAAAAUAUGGCGGAAAUUUCGAGAAUUGUUUGUAGUGGCAGAUUUCCGAUUUUAUUAGAAGGAGAAACAUCGGCUGGUAAAACAUCGAUUGUUUGUCAUUUGGGAAAAGUGACUGGAAAUCGAAUUGUUCGAAUCAAUAAUCAUGAACAUACGGAUAUUCAAGAAUAUAUGGGAAGUUAUGUGGCUGAUGAUUUGGGAAGAUUAGUAUUUAGAGAAGGAGCAUUGGUUAAAGCGGUUAGAAAUGGAGAAUGGGUUAUUUUGGAUGAAUUGAAUUUGGCUCCUACUGAUGUUAUUGAAGCAUUGAAUCGGGUUAGUUUGAAGAAGGAAAACAUGGGUAAAAAAACGCGAAAAAAUAAAUUCAAAAAUUUCUACGAUUCAUCCUUUAUCAUUUCAGCUUCUCGAUGAUAAUCGCGAACUUUUUGUUCCCGAAAUCAACGAAACCAUCAAAGCUCAUCCACGUUUUCGACUUUUCGCAACUCAAAAUCCGGCUGGAAGUUAUGCUGGAAGAAAAAAGUUGUCUCGCGCUUUGAUGUCUCGAUUCAUUGUUUUACGUUUUCAUCAUUUGCCAAUUGAUGAGUUAUCCGAAAUGGUGAGUUUUUUUUUUGGAAAAAUACAAAAUGGAAGUUUCUUGAAUUCUAAUUUUAAUCUAGAAAAUGGCUGAUGAAUAUGCCAGUUUCAGAAUCUAAAAAUAACUGAAUUAAAGAAAAUUAUUCCGCGAGUGCUAAAAAUGAAAAUAUAAAAUUCUCAAAAAACUUUUCGAAAACUCUCUUCUCACAAUCAAUCUUAUUUUUCCCAGGUUUGUGCUCGUUGCGGUGUUCCUCCAACAGCUGCUCAUAAAAUGAUUGAAGUCCUCAAUGAACUUCGAAAUCGUCGUUCCCUUUCUGGUUUAUUUUCUGCACGAGAUGGCCUAAUGACUUUACGUGAUGUUUUUCGAUGGGCAAAAAGAAUGACAACUGAUGGAAAUCACGAUGAUUGGCUACAAAUUCUCGUAAAUCAUGGAUAUUUUUUGCUUGCCGGAAGAUGUAGAAAUGAAAAAGAUGAGAAAACAGUUGAGGAAACACUUGAAAAAGUUAUCAAACGAAAAAUUGAAAAAGAUUUGUUGUUUUCGAUGAAUUCUGUUUAUAUGCCAAAAGAUAUCAAUGUUGAUGGAGUUAUUCUAACUUUGGGAAUGAGAAGAAUGUUAGUUUUGACUGAACAAGCUUGGCUGCGAAAUGAAGCUGUUUUAAUGGUUGGAGAAACUGGAGGUGGAAAAACAACACUUUCGGAAGUUGUUGGAAGAGGAAAAUUAAGAAGUAUUAAUUGUCAUGAAAGAACUGAAACUGCUGAUUUAUUAGGAAGAUUGAGGCCGAAACAAGAUGGUGGUUUUGAAUGGUCGAAUGGAGUUGUUAUAAGUUCAAUGAGAGAUGGUGUUCCAUUAUUAAUUGAUGAGAUUUCAUUAGCAGAAGAUUCUGUUUUAGAAAGAUUGAAUCCACUUUUUGAAGAAGAUCGGAGUCUUUUAUUAUCUGAUGCUGGAACUGAAACUGAAUUAAUUGAAUCGAAAAAUGGAUUUCAAAUGAUUGCAACAAUGAAUCCUGGAGGAGAUUAUGGAAAGAAAGAAUUGUCGAAAGCAUUGAGAAAUCGAUUUACUGAAGUUUGGACAAGUAGUGAUUAUGAAGAAAGUGAAUUGGAAAUGAUUUUUGAUCAAAGAUUGAGAAGAGUUGAAGCAACUAAAGAUGAGGCGAAAAUAUCACCGACGAGUACAGCGAAAGCUAUUGUUAGAUGGAUUUUGGUGUUUUUUGAGAAAUAUUCGCAUGUUGUGAGGUGAGCGAUUUUGGGGGUUUGGGGAUUUAAAAAAACAUUUUGAAAAAAUUAAAUCCCUAAUGAUUUCGAUCAGAUUUUUUUGUAAAUAAAUGAUAACUACAAAGUUCAAAAAUCCAACUUUUUUCUUACUAUAUUUGUUUUGCUGAUGGUUUUUCCGUCUUUUAAAUGUCAACAACACAACUGCUUUUCUUCUUCUCCCCCUAAAAACUCUUGUAUUUUUUUCCAGACAUCCUGCAUCAGUUCGAGAUGUUGUUGCUUGUGCCGAAUUAUAUGCAUCUGCUAUUUCUUGUGGAAUCGAUAGAAUCACAUCAAUCAAAGAUGCUCUUUGCGCAGUUUUCCUGGAUUCUUUGGCUGGUUUGACGGCUAGAUUGAAUUUGGACCCGAAGGAUAUUUUUGAGGAUGCACUUGUUAUGGUAAGGAAGUUUCACCCAGGAAUUCUGAAUUUUCCCUAAAAUGAUUUUAACUUCCAUUAUUUUCAGCUUCAUUCUGAACUUGUUGCUCAACAAUUCUUCACAAUCACAUCGUCUCAAUUCCUUGAGAUUGCCAAUAAAUCAGUCGAAAUUAAUCUUGCUGCUGAAAAUCUCCAAAUUUCUCAUCUCAAAGUUCCAUUUGGAACUGAAACUCCAAAAUUCCCGAAAACAUUUUCACUUCAUGCUCCAACUUGUGCUGAGAAUUUCUAUCGAAUUGCAAGAGGAUUAUUAAUUAAUAAACCGAUUUUAUUGGAAGGUGCUCCUGGAUGUGGAAAAUCAUCGACUGUAAUGGCUUUGGCUCAAUUAACUGGAAAUCGAAUAACUCGAUUGAAUUUGAGUGAUCAAACUGAUUUAUCGGAUUUGUUCGGAAGUGAUGUUCCAAUGAUUUCGGAAGAUGGAAAAAGUAUGAGUUUUCGAUGGGAAGAUGGACCGGUUUUAAAAGCGAUUAAAAAUGGAGAAUGGAUACUUUUGGAUGAAAUGAAUUUGGCAUCACAAAGUGUUUUGGAAGGAUUGAAUGCUUGUUUUGAUCAUCGAAGAAUAUUAUAUAUUGCUGAAUUGAAUCGAGAAUUUGAGAUUCCGUCCACUUCGAAUUGCCGAUUUUUUGCGUGUCAAAAUCCGAGAGUUCAAGGAGGAAAUCGAAGAGCGCUGCCAAAAUCAUUUGUUAAUCGAUUUACAAAUGUUAGUUUUGGGAAGAAAGAAUAUUUUUCGUGGUUUUUAAUUUUUAAUUGCAAAUUUUCUUACAAGGGUUCUUUGAAAAAAUUUUAAAACUUCAUUGUUUAAGGAAUUCACGUGGAAAUUUUUCAAUUCAAAAUUCCCUAAUAUUUUGAAACAGACAAAUAUCUUUAUCAAAAAUUAAUUUCAAUCAUAAUUUUAGACGAUUUCAAGGCAAAUGUUUUUUCGAGCUAUGAUUAUAAUAUUUAAAAAAUUAUAUUUUUACUCUUAUUUUUAACCCACUCCUCGCCCUCCCUAAAAUUCCAGUUUUCCAGAUCUACACGAAUGAUUUGACAAAAAAAGAUAUUGAAAUUGUUUUGGCCGGAGUUGAUGAGAAAUGUUGGUUGAGUGACAAAAAGAGAAAAGCUAUGGUUGAGGUAAGUUUUAUCAUAAAUUCUAUUUGUUUUUCUUAUUUUCUUGUCAAUUUCUCCCUUUUUUCAGAUCAAUGAGCAAUGUUCGUUUGAAUCUGAACGUAAUUCAUUCCUUGGUGGUCCACAUUCUUUCAAUCUUCGAGAUCUUUUAAGAUGGUUUGAAUUGUCUCGAAAAAUUCAAAGUAUUUCUGAAGCGUUUGAAAUUUGCUAUAUGACUAGAAUGAGAAGAGAAGAAGAUCGACUACUUUUGAAAUCGAUUUUUGAAAAAUUGAUGGAUGAGAAAUUGAGUUAUCCUAGAAUUCAAUUGGGUUUUGAAGAUGAAAACAUUUUGAGAAUUGGAAAAGUGAAAUUGGCUAGGAGAAAGAAUGAAGCGAAAAUCAAUAAUCGAAUUCUAUCAUCUCAAAUUGUUCCAAUGCAUCAAAUUGCAACUUGUAUUCAAAUGAAUUGGUUGGCUCUUUUGGUUGGACCAAGAAAUUCGGGAAAACGUGCGAUUUGUGAGAAUCUUGCUGCAUUAACUGGUCAGAAUUUGCGAGUAAUUGCAUUGAAUGCGGAUACAGAUGCACAGGAAUUAAUUGGAUCUUAUGAACAAUUUGUUGAUGAAAAUGUGUUGCAAUAUGCGCAAAAAGAAAUUGAGGAAAUACUUGGAGAAUCGUUGGAAAAUUCGGAGAAUUUGAUGAAAUUGGAAGCGAAUUUGGAAUUGAUUUUGGCGAGAAAACGAGAUAUUGAAGAGACGAAAAAAGAGGAGAUUCGAGAGAUUUUGAGAAGUGCGAAUAAAUGUUCGAUGCGGUUUGAAUGGACUGAUUCGGUAUUUGUUGAUGCAUAUUUGAAAGGAGAUUGGUUAUUGAUUGAAGAUGUCAAUUUGUGCAGGUUUGUAUUUGAUUGGGUGAAUUUUGAGAGAAAAUUAUGGUUUGAAGAAGAUAAUUAUUCAAGAAUUGUUUAUAUAAUAGCUUAUCCGUUUCAAAAAAAUAUUUAGAUUUACAUUGAAACGUAAAAAAUUCAUGUUUUUUUUUCACGUUUGGAACACUUUUGAACACAUUUUUUAAAAUUGUAGUCGCUGAAAAAAUGUUUCUCUGUUUUUUGUUUGGAAUUUUUUUCGCAUAUUAUUUUUGAAUUUAGAUCUCACCUCAUUUCACAAAAAAUACGUCAAACACAUUUUGAUUUUCCAACCUCUCCAACUGAAUACUUGAUAUACUUCAUUCAACCUUUUUUCUUACAGUGCUGCUGUUUUGGAUCGUCUCAAUUCCUGUUUAGAAAGUGGUGGAAAACUUGUCGUUGCCGAAAGACAAAAUUCAUACGAACCCCUCGAACCACAUCCAAAUUUCCGAGUUUUUCUAUCAAUGGACUCGAGAAUUGGUGAAAUUUCGAGAGCAAUGAGAAAUCGAAGUGUUGAGAUUUAUUUGGAUGAAAAAUCGAGAUGGACCACAAGUGAAAAUGAUAUCAGUUCAGUUAUUUCGCCAAAUUUACCAUUUGAAAUGCGACAGAAAAUUGGACGAUUUUUGACAGCUGAACAACAAUUACAUUUAGCUGUUUUGUUGAAAGAAGAUAAUUCGGAUUUUUCGGCUCAUUUGGCUUGUAAAUUGGUUGGAUUAGUUGAAAAUAUGGAAAUUAUGGAAGAAGAAAAUGAUGAAGAUAUUAUUGUGGAAAAAGAUGAUGUUGCACCAGAAAUUGAUGAAAUUUCGUGAGUUGAGAAAAUAUAUUGUUGAAAUUUAUGAAUUCGAGACAAAAGAUAAAUCUGUAAUUUUCAAUUUGGCUAGGAGCCGCGCCUAGAGACUAUAAUUUAAUUUUUGUUCAAAUUAUUGCAUUUUUUGAAAUUCCACCCCAAAACAUUCUGAAAUUUCAAGGUUUUUUUAGCUGAAUAAAAAUGAAAUUUAAAAAUUUCAGUUUGAAUUCAUCACGUGAACUUGAUUACAUGGAAAAUUUCAUCAUUUUUUUUUUCAUUUUCGCAAUAAAUUCCCAUAUUCCAGAACUCUCUCCAACACAUCCUACGAAACUUGGAUUCUCAAAAAUUGGCUGAAAUCGGCUCGAAAAUCGAAAUGUGCAAAUGUUGAAGCAUUCCUUCUCACAAUUUUAUCCGCUUCGCCAUUUUUGAUUUUUGAAAUGCGCGAAGAAUUGGGACAAAUAUUUGGAAGACAAGCUAUCGAUUCUUUGAUUCAUCGAGUUUUGCCAAUUCUUGAAAAUCAACAACUGAGAAGAAUUCCAAUUGAUUUGAGGUUUUCUGGAUUUUCAUCGAAAAAAGGAAAAAUUGAAGAUCAAUUCAAUUCGUUUGUGAUUUUUGAAUGGAUGUUGCAAAUUGUUCAGAAAAUAAUGAUCGAAGAAGGUUCGGCUGAAAAUUUGAGCAAAACAAUGAGCAAAUAUGAAUUAUCAACUUGUGAAGUUGGUUUUAAGAAUUUGGGAUUGAUUUCGAAAUUAGUCGCGAAUAUUUUGGAAAUGUGGAGAAAAGAAAAUUCGGCUGAUUUUUCUGUCGAAAUGUCAUAUUUAUUAAUAAUCGCUGCUUCCCGAAGAAAAUUGAGUCUACGAACUGGAUGUGCUGCAAUUUAUUUAGCAUGGAAUGAUUUGAGACAACAAAUUCCAAAUAAGAAAAUGUCGAAAUUUGUUGAAGAAAUCACAUUAAAAAUGAAUGAAGGAUGGAGUGCUGAAUCAUAUGAAGAAUAUGUUAAUGAAUAUUUAUUGAGAUGGAGAGAUUUUGCAAUUUGUAGACCAUUUGAAAAUAAAUCAGAAGUGGAGAGAUAUGGAAAUCGAUUGGAAGCUGAAAUUCGAGAAGAAAAUCAAGAUGUUGAAAUGAUUGAUGAGGAGAAUGAAAAUGAGGAACCAAAGAAGAAAUUGGGAAUUUCACCGGUUGAAUUAGUGAAUAAUAUUGUGGAUAGUGUGGAAGCUGUUCAUGAGUUCUUGGCACAAGGAAUUGUUGAUGAGGUACGUAGUUUUGAGGGGGAGGAGAGGAUGCAUUUUCAGAUUUUCUACAUACGUCGCAUUUCUAGCGUAAUCGACCCGAGGAGGGGUUGUUACUCACGCCAGUUUUUGGAAAGGGAUGUCACUUGAGAAAACAUUUUGAAGAAAUGUUCUAAGCUUUGUACUCUAUCACUUAUUGAGAAUGAUUAAAAUUUCCACGAAUUGUGGUUGAAAAAUCGAUAAUUUCAAAAUUUUUAUCCAAAUUUCGAGAAUUUUGGUUUUGAUUUAUUAUACAAAAAAGCCAUGAAAAAUUUUAAAAAUAAUUGAUAAUAAAGUAUAUCAAAAUUUUGAAACGUAUUUUUUUGUUUUUGAAAAAUUAGAAUUUUUGAAUCAAAAUUUGUGAACUGGUGGAUUUGAAACGAGGCUAUGCGACGUAUGUAAAAAGAGCUCAAAACUUUCUAGAAAAAAUGUUUAUCCUAGAAUUUUCAAAAUUAAUAUUUUUGUGGUGCCAAAAUUACAGAAUUAGUUUCAUUCCCUGAACUUUGUGCUCUAAGAAUAGCCUAUUUUUGCAGAGUGACUCUGUUUUCAAACGAUCAAAUGUUUAUAAUGGUUUGAAUUGGAAUGAUGAGAAAAAAGCAAGAUGGAUUCGAACUGUUGCAUUACUUUGUGCGAAAAUUGGAGGAGACAAAAAUGAAGAAGAUGAACAGGAAUCCGAUGAUAUUCUGUGAGUUUCUUUCUUUCCCCCAGAUAUAUUUCCCCUCAACUUCGAUCAUUCUUUUUAGUGUUUCCCAUUUGGCUUCAAUUGGUGGUGGUGCUCAUUGUAUUGCUGCUCGAUUAUUCUUUUCAAGUCUUCGAUAUAAUCCGAAUUUGGCUAAUCUGAGCAUUGCUCAUCUUCAGAAAUUUCCAAUCAAAGAACUUGGGAGAAAAAUGUGGAAAUUGUCAGUGAAUGGAGAGAAAUUGAGAGAAGAAUUAAGGAAAAGUUUGGAUGAAAAUGGAUUGGAAGGAUGGACUAAAUUAGGGAAUCAAUUAGGAAAUAACAAAGCUGAAAUUGGGUUGGAAAUGAUGAGAAAUGCAUUGCCACCAAAAGAAACUUUGGAUCCUUUGAUUUUUGAAGAAGAACGAAGACUUUUCUUGAAUGCGAAAAGAAGAAUUGUUGAAAAACAAUUGAAAUUAUUAGAAGAGUUCAGAUAUUUGAAUUCGAGACAAGAAAAAGAUGAUAAUUCGCCACAUCCAGUGCUUAAGAAAUUGCAAGAACUUCAAAAUGAGUUGAAUGAUAUUCCUGAACUAGAAACAUCUUUUUCUUCUGAAGUUUAUCGACAAUCUGCAACACAAUACAAUCAUUUGUGUGCUGAAAUGAGCAGCUUUUUCCAAUUGACUCAACAAAUCAACAAUGAAUCGAGCAAAAAUGAACAAGAUCCAAGUAUUUUGUUAGCAAGAUUGAAAUCAUUUUCAAUGAGUUCUGCAAGUUUCCGAAUUGGAUUAUUGCGAAAAUUUGUGUCGUUUGUUGAUAUUCAUAUGCAAUUUAUUGCUGGUUUAUUAUUGGUUGAAGUUGAAUUGGCUGCGAAAAUACUGGAAUUACAGCAAGAAGCGAAAAGGAGAAAUGCGUGGACGGAAUCAAUGUUCCCAAGAAUUGUUAAGGUGAGCAAAUAGGGAUUGGGGAGGGGGAGUGAAAAUUGAAGUUUUUGAUGUUUAAAAUUAAAAUUUAUUGUAAUUAGUUUUUUCGUGUCACCAACUGUUCACGCCACUUCGAAAAUAUUUUCAUUUUCAAUAUGAAACUUCCAAACCUUUUCUACUUCCGAACCUCAAGAACUGAAAGAUUUUGCAGACAUUUGCAUCUGAAAAUGGUUUGGAUUCAAACGAAGUCAGUAAUUGGUCAAUUCGUGAUUCUUCUCCAAUGCCACUUCAAUUAAAAGCAGCAAUUGUGAGAAAAAGAUUGAUUGAUUUUUCGAAUGAAGAAAUUGAUGGAAAUAUUAUAUUGGAUAUUCAAUGGACAAGAAAUCAGUGGAAAAAAUGGUAUGAAAGGAAUAUUUCGAAAGGAGAACAAAAGGAUUUUGUAUAUCGAACAAAGACGGAAGAAGAGAAAGAUGAAUUGGAUAUUUUGGAGUUUUUCUCGAAACAAGAACAAGAUUCGCAGGUUUUGCAUGAUAAUGAAGUAUCAUUAUUAUUGGAAGCUAUUGAAAAAAGAAAAAUGUAAGGAUUUUGGAAUUUUAGAUUUCAUAAUUUGAACUUUGAAAAUUCGGCGCGUCAUCUUUUUUUUCGAAUUUAUUUUUUCGCACCAAAAAUGCCACGUGAUUUGAAAUACUGGAACAUCUCCUUGGAAACUAGCAUUUUCCCCAUUUCCUCAAAAAAAUCUCAUUUUUUGCAGUUCUCUUGUUGAUCCAAAUACUCGUUUUGCUUCGGAUGCUCGUUUUCUAAUGGCAAAAUCAUGGAUGAGAUAUUUGAUGAGUGAAACUGGAAAUAUUCCCCAAGAUGCUCUAACUCUUUCACAAUGUGUUGAUGGAGAUCAAAAACUAUUCGAAGUUCUCGAAAAUGUUGUAUCAUCUGAAAAUGAAACAUCAACAAAAAUCGAUGUUUAUCGAAGUUCGUCUUUACAAGAAUGUCGAAAAGUUGCUGAAAUUCUGGAAAGACUUGAAAAAAGAACACGAGAAGUAUUAGAAAGAUGGCCAGAAGUUGUAUCAUUAAAAACAAUAUUGGAAAGUAUUCAUGAUUUCUUUUUGAUUUCAAUUUCAAUGCCACAUAUUAAAAUGGCACAAGAAUUGGAGAAAUUAAUCGAAUUAUGUGAGAAUUGGGAAAUGAUGGCUGAUCGACAAAAUUCGCUUCGAGAACCAUUGGGAGAUUUGAGAAAAUUGUUGGUUGAAUGGAAGAAAAUGGAAGUGAGAUGUUGGGCGACACUUUUAGAAAAUUGUGAAAAUGAGGCAAAACAAAAAGCACAACUUGUUGUAUUUCCACUGUUUGAAAUGAUAUUUUCGAUCAGCGAAAAUGAAGAAGAAAAGAUUGUUGCAAUGUCAAUUGAAUGGAUGCAUAAUUCGACACUUGUUGAUUUUGAAAUUCGAGUAAAAUCAAUUGAAAAUUUGGGAAAAUGGGCAAAAUUGACUGGAAAAUUGCAUUUAUCUGAAUGGCUUACUUCUGCUUCGAGACAUUUUUCGAUUUUUGUUCCGAAAAUUGAGGAAAGAUUGAGAAGAGCAAGAGAACCUGCUGAACAAUCAUUGAAGGAUUAUUUGAAAGUUGUCAAGUAUAAUGAUUUGAAUUUGUGGAAUAUUCGAGUAUCAUCGACUAAAGCACAUGCACAAUUGUAUAAAAUUGUGAGACGGUUUAAAGGUGAGAGAAUUUUGAGAGUUUGGGACAUAAAAAUUUGGCAGAUUUUUUUCUGAAAAAAAACUUUGAUUUUAGUUAACGCCUAAAUAGAAAUCAUGAAAAAAUUUGGAAAAAAAUGGAUUUUCAAAAAAGUUUACUUUCUAAUCUGAAAUUUGGAUUUUUGAGAAUUUCGUUUUUCUUUUUGAUUUCACAGUUAAUUUUUAGUUCAAUUUUUUAAAUUUCUUUCUAAUAAUAGUCAAUUGGAAAUUUAGAUCUUUCCCUCCGAAAAUCUAUUAAAUAAUCUGAAAUUACAGUUUGAUAUUUUUAAACAUUUAUUUUCUUUUAAAAAGAAUUCUGCUGAAAUUUAAUCUGAUAGUUUUUAUUUUAAAGUUCAAUUUUUAUGAAAAAAAAAUUUCAAAUAUACAUUUGUGUCUUCAUCGCGUGGCAAUUUUUCUUUAAAAAAAACAUCAAUCUCUUUUUUCCAGAUGCGAUCAGUGCUGAAGUUGAUGAAGAUUUCGAAACACUUCAAAAAUUGGAUGAAAUCAAAAAACGAAUUCUUGAAGAAAUCCAAACAUCUUCCUCUUCCACUUCUAAAAUCGUCCAAAAAACAUUGAAAUUCUCAAAAACAAUUGUUGAAAAAGCUGAACUUCUCGCAAAUUUGCAAGACUUGGAAGAACUAGAAGAACAAACAAAACAAGCUGAUGAAUCGAUUCGAACAUUGAUAAAUUAUAUCGGAGAAGAUUCGGAAAAAGAAAAACAACAAGGAUAUGCGAGAAAUUCGAGACAAAGACAAAUUGCAAUGGUUAUUAAAGAAGCACAAGCAAUUGGAUUGAAUGCAAGAAAAUCGGUGAUUUUGAAUCAGGAAUCGAUUAAUCGAAGAUGUAUUUGUGAAGUUGGAAAUAAUGGAGAAUCGGAAAAUGGAAAUGAAAUUGGAAUUCGAAAAAAUGCAGCUGGAAGAAAUAUUGUGAUUAAAAAAGCGUUGAAAAUUGAUCAACAAGUUGGAGUUGCGACAAGAAAACAUUUGAGUGGAAUGAUUGGUAUGAGAUUUUCAGAGAUCUGGGGAAAUUUUGGAAAAAAAUUAUGAAAUUUCGAACUAGAUAAUUAAAAAUACUCUUCAAGUUUCAAAAGCUUUUCGGGUUAAAAACACGAAUUUUCAUCUGAAAAAUAAAAUGUUUUGGAAAAUGUCAAUUUUCUCUCAUUCCAGAAUACGGUAUGCACUACAUGCUCAAUCUUCAUGAUUAUCUCACUUCUUGGAAAUCGCAGACUGAUAAAAUUUCGAAAAAUUGUGCUGAAAUUGAAAGUUUGGCUGAAAAUCAACAAUCUGGAUUCAUCAUUGAUCAUGAAAUAGUAUCUGGACGCGUCGAAAAUAUUGCAAUAAAUAUUGAGAAAAUUGAAAUAUUGAUUGGAUCGAUUUUGCGGAAAUUGGCUGGAAUUUCAGAUGGAAUUGUUGAACAAAAAGAAUAUUGGCAUCCAUUGACAAAGUUGUCGAAAUCUGAUGAUUUGGCUGCAAAAUUGAUGAAAUGGUCAGAGAAAAUUGGAAUUUUGAUGGGAAAUAUGAAGAGAACGAAUGAACAAAUUAUUGGAGGAAAGAGGCAGAGAAUUGUGAGAAGGUAUGGUGGAUUUGGGAGAGGGGGUGGUUUGUCGCAAAAUUAAACGUGGCAAAUUUUCUCCAGAAACUUUCAAAUUAAAAUUUUUGGUGCCAAAGAGCCCAUGUGUCUGAAAACACCCAAUAAUGUUUAUUUUUCAGUGAAAACUAUCAAACAUGGAAAUCACAAAUCUCUGGCGAUAUUCAAGAUUUCCAAACUGAACUCGAAAACGAAAAUUUCACCGGAUUCUUUGAUGUUGAAAAAUUGGAAAUUUCCAAAAUCUCUCAAGAAAUUUUGAAAAUAUCUGAAAAACAAAUCGAUACACUUGAAGAUCACCAAAGUGUACAAGAAGAAUUGGAUAAUACUCGAAUUUUACUCGUUGUUCAAGAUAUUUAUAAAGGAUUUGAAAGUCUCGGAAAUUCUGAAAAUGAUGAGGCAAAAAUAUUGGAAACAAUUAUAAAGAUUUGUGAUGUUUUGAAGUUGGCAAAUAUUGGAAAAUUAGCUGAUUGGACUGAGGAAAUUGUGGAGAAUCAUAUUUGUGGCACGAAAUUCAGCACGAAUUUAUCGGAAAUCGCAGAAGUUUUGAAGAUUACGUGGAAGCUUCUUGGAAAUUUGGUGAAAAUUUUAGAAAAUGCGCAGAAUUCAAUAAUUCCUCUUUAUCAUUCGAUUUUAUCAAUGACAAUUCAAUUAUAUGAAAAAGGAUAUAUCAAUCCGAUUCCGAAAGCAGAUAAUUCACAACAAGAAUCCGGAAAUACUGAAACUGAUAAUUCAGGAGAAGGAGGUGGAAUUGGGGAAGGAGGAACUGCAAAAGAUGCAAAAGAUGUGACGGAUGAAAUGGAAGAAAGUGGACAAAUUGAAGGAUUAGAAGAUGAUGAACAAGUUGAUUCAAAUGAACAUGAAUCCAAAAAUGAUAAUGAAAAACCAAUUGAUAUGGAAGAUGAUUUUGCUGAAGAUUUACAAGAUAUUGAUAAAAAUGAAAAAGGAGAUGAUAAAAAUGAUGAAGAAGGAAAUGAUGUGAGUUUUAUUUACAAUUAGACUUUCUAGGCGCAAUUUCUUGCCAAAAAUUAAAAUGUUCCGCUAAAUUUCACCGAAAAUACGUUCAACCACAAAAAUCAUAGUUAGACAACAAAAUUCACUAAAAAUUGCCGUAAAUUUAAAAUUUUAAUGAAACUUGUUAAGUUCAUAAAUUUUUUGUUGAAUUUCACUGAAAUUUCUCAAACCCCAUUUUUUGUCAGGAAUCCGAUGAAGAACCAGAUGUUGAAGAUCAAAUGGGAGAUGUUGAAGAAGAAGAUGAAAAACAGCUAGAUCCGAAAAUGUGGGAAGAUGAAGAGGAAAAAGAGGAAGAGAAUCAGCAGAAAAAUAUGGAUGAAGAACAAGAAGGAGCUGAAGAUAAAUCGAAAGAAAUGGUUGCAAAAGAAGAUAAUGCUCAAAAAGAAGGAGAAAAUGAAGAGAAAGAAGACGAGAAUGAAGCGGAGGAAAAUGAGAAUGAUCAGGAAAAUGUUGAUGAAAGAGAUCGAGAAAAUGAAGAAGAUUUAGAGGAUGAUAAUGGAGGAAAAGAUGAGAAGAAAAAUGAAGAAAUGGAAAAGAUUUUGAAGGAUGAUGAGGAAAUGUAAGUGAUUUUGGGAUUGGAAGGGGACUAUAGACUUUUAUUAGAAAUGAUCUAAGUUUCUGAAUUGCCACUUUUGUCAAUUUUAUUCGCAAAAAUUAAAGAAAGAAUAAUAAAAAUAUAUCAAAAUUUCUGAAUUUAUCAAUUUAUGGCACAUUUUGAUAUAUUUUUAAAUUAUUCACGGGCCAAAUCUUUAUGACCUAAUUUCUAGAAUAAAAUUCCUCGUGUUUAUAAUUGAGCUACUCAACUUUUGUUUUUGAAAUUUACAAAAUAUUAUUAGAACAUUAUAGUGAAAAAGGUUCCGAAUGUUUUAGCCAUUUUUUAAACAAAAAUUCCCUAAAAAAACGUUUCCUUUUUUUAGCGAUGAAGAUGCUUCUGAUGAUGAAGAAGAAAAACAAGGAGAUGAUCAGGAAAAAAUGGAAGAAGAUAAAGAUGAUGGAGAUGAUAAAAGUGAUAUUGAAGGAGAAGGAGAUGAAGAAAUGGAAGAGAAUAAUUUGGAAAAUGAGAAUGCUGAUCAGGAAAAAGCUGAGAAUGAAAAUGAAGAUGAAGCGGAGAAAAUGGAACAAGGAACGGGAGGAGAAAAAUCAGAAAAUGAAAAGAAUGAUCAAGAAGAUGGAGGAAAUGCAGAAGAUGAAAAAGAAGAGGAACAUGAUGAGGAAGAAAAAGAGGAUGAAAAAGGAGAAGGAAAAACGAAGAGUGAUCCGAAAGGAAAAGAUGGAAAAGGACAAGAGAAACAGAAAAAGAAAGAAGAAGAAAAUGAAAAGGAUGAAGAGGAUGAUGAAGGAAAUAGUGAGGAAAAAGAGGAGAAACAGAGAAAAUUGGCGGAGAACGAAGAGAAUACUGAAGAAGAUGAUGAAGCUGAAAUGGGAGAAGGAGAAGAAGAUGAAGAAAAUGGACAACAACGGGAAAAUGCAGAAGUAUCUGAUAGAACUAAAGUUGGAAAAGGAACAUUGGAAGAAGCUAGAGAAACGAAAAGAGAUGUUGAUAAAGAAAAAGAAAAGAAGAGACGCAGAGAAGAUGUUGGUGAUAUAUUUGGAGAUGGUGAAGAUGAUGGAAUUGAUGAAAAUGAUGAGAAUUCGGAAAUUGUGCAAGAAAGUCGGAUAUUUAUUGAGAAUAUUCAGUUGGAGCAAUCGACUUCGAAUGGAGAAACAUCGAUGGGAAAUGAGGGUAUUCCAGUAGAUAAUGAAAAUCGAGAAAACCCAUCAAGUCAAAUGGAAAUUAAUGAAAAAGCUGAUGAACAAUGGGCUGCGAUGUCGAGAACUGUUGGAUUAUUAGCUGCGGAAUUGGCGGAGAAUUUGAGAUUGAUUUUGGAACCGCAGAGAGCCAAUAAGAUGCAGUGAGUUUUAUGAAGGAAUAAAAACACUUUUUCUCAAAAAAUCCUGAUCAUUUUCAAAUCAUAAAAAAAUUAUAGGCUAAACAUUAUUUUAUUGCUCAAAAUUCAAAUUUUCAAAAAAUUCCAAAAUUUUUCGGAUAUUUUUGCCACGUGGCUUAGAUUUUUUCGAAAAUAAAAAAAAAAAGUUUCAGAAAAUUUUUCUUGGUUUGAUUUUUUAAACCUUCAGAGUUUUUUCUUCAAAAUUUUAUUAAUCAAAACAACUUGUUAAGCAUUUGCUGGGUCAUCAAGUUUUUAUUUCCUCUCUAUUUCAAAUUUUCUUUCACAUUUCCAUGUUUUUUUGUUCAGAGGUGAUUAUCGAAGCGGAAAACGAUUAAAUAUGCGGCGAUUGAUUCCAUAUAUUGCAAGUGAAUAUCGAAAAGAUCGAAUUUGGAUGAGACGAACAAAAAGAGCACAAAGAGAAUAUCAGAUUAUGAUUGCUGUUGAUGAUUCGGGUUCAAUGAAUGAAAAUGGUAUUCAUGAAGUGACUUGUGAAUCUGUUUGUAUUGUUGAAGAUGCAUUGAGAAGGUGAGAGAAUUUAAGAGAAUCAGGAAUUUUCAUAGUCUUUGUGUUUUUCAGAUGUGAUGCUGGUCGAGUCUCAGUUUGCUCAUUUGGUUCCGAUGUAAAUACAAUUAUUCCAUUUGGUGAAGCGACAGCUGCAAGUUCGGUUGAAAUGCUGAAAAAGGUGAGGAAGUUUUGAGAAAAAAAGCUAAUCUGAAUAUUGGGACCGUAAAAUAGGACAAUGUUCAAACUUUUCAAAAAAAAACCUCAACAUUUAAUUUCCUUAAAACCAUACGUUUCAAAAUUUCGGCUAAUUCACGGUGCAAUAUUUGAAAAUCGAUACAUCGAACGCUGAUUUAAAGUGAAAAAUAAAACAAAAACUGCGAAAAUAUAUCGUCCAGAGUCUAACAGGGGUUUAUAACAAUUUCGAAUAUAAGGCGAGCUUUGGAUGAUAUCUUCUCGCAUUUUUUGCUAUAUUUUUUACUUUGGACAUCGCAUAACAUAUUCUUGUAAAGACUUGAAAUUUGAAUUUAAUAAAUUAUUUCAAAAUUAAAAUUUAAAAUCCCUUUUACUCAUUUUCACUUUUUCUGAUGUGGUUUUUCGAGCCGAGAAAAACAUUUUGACAAAAAAUUUCGAGACAGUCAAAAAACCUAAUUUUUUCUCAUUUUUUUCUGUGGAAAAAUAAAAAUAUAUAUGAAAUUGAAGUCAAAAUUUGAUCUCGAUUCGUUAUUUUCAAACAUUUUCCUUGUUUCAGUUAACUUUCAAUCAAACAAAAACUGAUCUCCUAUGUCUCCUUCGAACUGCAAAAUCACAACUCGAUGAAAUCCGAACUCCAACAUCUGAACAAAUGUUGAUUAUCAUUUCGGAUGGUCGUGGAACACUUUCACAAGGAGCUGAUAAAGUUCGACAAUUAUAUGCAUCACUUCAAGGAGUUACUGUGCUUUUUGUGAUUUUAGAUUCGGGUAAAAAAUCGAUUGAAGAAUUGAGUGUUGCUUCGUUUAAAGAUGGGAAAGUUGUGAGUUUUUGAGGGGAAAUUGGGGAAGCAAAAGUUAAAACUAUUAUCUAGAAGAAAAAUGUGCGGAGAUACAUUCUUGUAGGUUUUCAAAAAAUUAGAAAUUUUUUUCAAAAAAGGUGAAAAAACCUUUUAUUUCACAUGAAUUUUUGGAGAAGAAGUUCAGAAUAUCUUUAUGAAAUUUUCAAAAAAAAAAUCAGCAGAGUUCGCGUUUUUUUCACAUAAAAUUUUAAUGGCGUUCGAAAAAUGUGUUUUUAUUUUUUGUUCAAUGAAAAUUGAUAACCGGUUUCUUUAUUUUUUUUUCUCCUGCAAAAAUGAAAACAUCAAAGUUCUGAUUUUUGUCUGCAAGUUUUUGAUGAAAAUUUAUAGUCAUGACCUUUUCUUGAAUUUGUCUGGAAUUGCCACGUGGAUUAUCAGAUCAAAAAAUGCAAUUUUCGAUUAACGUUGGAAUUUGUGAUUAAAUUAAUCAAUUCUCUAGAAAAUUUCUGAAUUUUUAGCACCACGAGUGAAUUCGGAGCUCACUAAUGAACUCUAAACUAAUCGAAGAAGUCCCCCUUUAAUUAAAAAAAAAAAUUGAUCAGACAAUGUUUUUUUGAAGUUUGUUUCAAGGAACUUUUAAAAAUCAGUCCUCAUUCGCUGUUUCCCCAACAUUAUUUGUUUUUUCUUUGGGGCUAUUUUUGAUGAUAUAAUUUCUUAUCAAAUCACCAGACACAAAAAUGUUUUGUGUCUCUCUCCUGAUUUUCUUCUAAUAUCUUUUCAUUUUUUUCUCGCCGUUUUUAGUUAAUAUAAAACCCGCCUAUUUUCCAUCAAAAGUUGCGAUUUUUGGGCCAAUUUUUUCCGGGAAAAAAGCUAUUUCAAUAUUUUUAAAUCCACCCAAACUUCCUUUUUUCCAGGUUUUGACUCCAUAUUUAUCACUUUUCCCCUUCCCAUUUUAUGCAAUUGUAAAAUCAAUUCAACAACUUCCAAAUAUAAUUUCGGAAUCAAUUCGACAAUGGUUUGAAAUGACCAUUUCGGCUAACUCUUUUUAG